AUGGAGACAAACAUACACGAAGUGAUUUUAUCUUUGGAAAAGUCCACAACCUUCAAUUUAGGCAUCACCUGGUCGAAUUUGACCAGAGUCACCGGGUUUAUGUUGAGCUCAACGUUGGUCAGAUUGAUAGCGUUUGUGCGGAAAACAGAAAUGUUGUUACCGGUACCACGAAUCACUUCCAAGGAAGGAAGAUUCUUGAGCGAGUCAAUCGAGUCGAACUUGUUGAACCGGAUAUCAAUGCUGACCAGAGAGUCAAGCUGGCUGAAGAAGUAUGGAAGGUCCUUGGAAAGCCGGUUAGCAGCUAGCUGGAGAUCUUCCAAGUUUGUCAGAUUGGACAACGAUUCAGAAAUCGUGGAGAUGUUAUUGUAUGACAAGUCCAGACGUUUGAGUCCUUUGAUCUUUGUGAUUGGUUCUGGUAUGUUUUUGAUGCGAUUUGAUGAUAAAUUUAGACUUUUCAGGCUUUGCAGCUCAGAGAAGUAUGAAGGCAGCGUGGAGAUCCGAUUACAAGCCAAAUUCAACGUGGUCAAAGAAGUCAUCUGUGAGAUCUCUGGCGGAAUCAGCUUGAUAUAG